ACCGUUGUCAUGGAGGCUAUCGAGCCGGUCGUCAUCGGAGUUGUGUGGAUUACGAUUAUACUGUAUAUGCGACAUGCGAUGCCCAGGAAGUUGACAGCGACCGGACAGGCAGUGGCUGUGUUGGCCUUCUUCGGCAUUGGCAAGGGCUUGGGCGCCGUCAUUGGAUUGGCGCGUGACGACAAGGUGCCCCAAUCGGAGGCACAGCUCAUACAUCAAUGGUUAGCGAUUGCCGCUUGCAUUAUUGCGCUCGUUUACUUCAUCAUUUACAAUUUGCUUUUGGCGCCACGUUGCGCUGCCAAAUCGCAGCACAUUGAAGAGUUGAUUUCAGGCUCGGCAUCGCAAAAUUUCAGCAAUGGCACUGGCAAUGGAGCCGGCAGCACCGGACAGGGUAGCACCAGCGCUGGCGCAGCGCUAAAUGGCAACUCGAAUUACUCGCCGCUACGUGUGUACCACAAUGAGCGAGGGAAAUUGGGACAAUUUAGAUUUUAAAUUUAAUUAAUGCGCUUUGAAAUACAUAUGUACAUACGUACAUACACGUAUGUAUG